UGUGCAAAGCCUACUGGUUGGCGUGGCGGGGGAAACGCCUUCCGGAUUGGGGGGGAACAAAACGGCGCGUAGUCAUUCGGGCACAGCCUGCUACCGCUUCCCGGAGUGCUACCGACGCGAGUGCUACCGACGCGCGCCACCCAGCAGCUGCCAGAAUGCCAAACUGGGGAGGAGGCAAGAAAUGUGGGGUGUGCCAGAAGACGGUCUACUUUGCGGAGGAGGUCCAGUGCGAGGGCAACAGCUUCCAUAAGUCCUGCUUCCUGUGCAUGGUCUGCAAGAAGAAUCUGGACAGCACCACUGUGGCCGUGCAUGGAGAAGAGAUCUAUUGCAAGUCCUGUUAUGGCAAGAAGUACGGGCCCAAAGGCUAUGGCUACGGGCAGGGCGCAGGCACACUGAGCAUGGACAAAGGGGAGUCUCUGGGCAUCAAGCAUGAGGAAGCCCCAGGACACAGGCCCACCACCAACCCCAAUGCGUCCAAGUUUGCCCAAAAGAUUGGCGGCUCUGAGCGCUGUCCCCGAUGUAGCCAGGCAGUCUAUGCUGCGGAGAAGGUGAUUGGUGCCGGGAAGUCCUGGCAUAAGUCCUGCUUCCGAUGUGCCAAAUGUGGCAAAGGCCUUGAGUCGACCACCCUGGCGGACAAGGAUGGUGAGAUCUACUGCAAAGGAUGCUAUGCUAAAAACUUUGGGCCCAAAGGUUUUGGCUUUGGACAAGGAGCUGGCGCCUUGGUCCACUCAGAGUGAGGCCGCUGCUGCCUGCAUACCCUGCCUGUUCCUGAGCUUUUCACCAUCAGUCCAUUCCCAGAAGCCUUGGACACCUCCAAGAUCCUCCCCCUCACUCAGCCCUGCUGCUGCCUGUCACUAAUGAUUAGGACUUGGGCAUCUGGCUUCGUCUGGUUCAGGGGUCUGCCUGAGCUCCUACCCCACUAAGGGCUUCUUCCUGCCUGCCAUUUGAUACCACCACCUUUAGGAGACAUCUGUCUAGCCACCCCUCUCAAGAGACCAGGUCCCUGUCCCCACACUUCAGCCCUACAGACCUCUGUUUCUAG